GGGCUCAAGAUAGAGAGUGCCGUACAAGUCUCCAAUUUUGAUUUUCUUUUUUUGAAAUUUUAUUUGCGUGCUACUAGUACUACUCCUACUUUAUUUGUUUUGAUAAACAUAAGUCUAAAUUUAUGGUACUUGUCACAUAUAUUUGUAGUUAACAGAUUCGAGAUUGAUUUUACUGUUUAACUACUCUUUGUAUUUCGUUUGGACCUUUUCAAUUAUUGUGAGGUUUUAAAUCAUUUUACUUCUUUUAUCCAUGAAAAUAGUUUUUUUUUUAUUAUUUGGAUAGUCUAUUAAAAUUAGUUUUUAUCUAUUUAUGAAAGUUUUUUCUCAAUAAUGGGUCUUAUAUUCUACUAGUAAUAUUUUAAUCACUUUUACUUCUAUUUUUUUUACUUUAUCAAGGAGUAUGUGUUUAAAUAUGUUUUGUCUACAACUAAAACUAACUUUUUUUUUCGAUGGAGGUAGUGUUAAUUUCAUCAAAUGAUAAGAUAGUAAUUUUAAAUCAUACAUAUGCAAACGUUAAUAACCAGCCAAUAAUAAUUGAUCUGGAAAAUUAUCAACGCUUUAGAGGGGUACCUAUAUUUGAUUUGUGCGAGGAAAUACGUUUCUUCUCGAAUUUGUUGGAGUUGGGCCCUACUUGCGUGCGAGGUUGGAGUAUAAAACUGCACCGACUUGGAGCGUAAGAAAGCAUAAUAGGGACGAAAAUCACGACGGUUUCUCUCUCAACAUCCAAAAUCAAUUACGUCCAGUGAUGGCGGCGGUGUUGAGGCGAUCGGCUCUCACCCUAGCGGCGCCGUUCACGACCACCCGAACCUGCUCCACUGCUUUUUCCGAGCCGUUUAGCUAUCGCCUCUAUGCGACGCGUGCACCUCCGGCGGAGCUACUUGACCAUGCCGCGCCAACCAGGGUUGAAAUGCUGCCGGUCAACAUUGAGCGUCGUGUGGUCCUGUACGACGGCGUUUGCCACCUUUGUCACGCCGGAGUGAAAUGGAUCAUAAAGACCGACAAGGAUAGGAAAAUAAGUUUCUGUUGUGUGCAAUCAAAAGCAGCUGAACCUUACUUGAGCAUUUGUAGAGUGAAGCGUAAAGAUGUUCUUCGUCGCUUCCUGUUCGUUGAGGGCCCCAAUUCAUACCACCAAGGCUCUGCUGCUGCUUUAAGGGUUUGUUCAUACUUGCCCCUGCCUUACUCUGCCUUGAGUGCUCUCAUGGUUAUUCCGGCUCCGUUGAGGGAUGCUGUCUAUGACUAUGUGGCAAAGCGGCGCUAUGACUGGUAUGGAAAAGCAGAUGACUGCUUGGUCCUCAGGGAAACUGAGCUGCUCGAACGCUUUGUCGAUUGGGAAGAGCUUCUGGAGCGCAGCAAAUCCAAACAAGAAUGAGGCUUCUUUUGGGACAUGAUGUAAAUAUGUUGCUCUUCCACUAGACACAAUUCCACCACCUUGUGUGUGUGUGUGUGUGUGGUGUUUUUGGUUUGAUGUUUAGUGAAAUUUGAAACCCUCACAAGGGAGCUGAUCACAUUGGCAUCUUCAACAUGAUGGUUCUUGAAUUUAGAUGAAAUAAAUCAAUGUUUCUAGAUAUUCUGAA